AUGAAUUUCCGACUCCUUGGUCUUGCCUGCCUUGUAGCUAAUGUCCUUGCUACGGAUGGCAUCUAUAAGCAGCCGAAAGUUGAGUCUUUUGCAGCCAUUGAUAUGGUUGUCAGCCUUCCGGCCAAUACGACCACGCCCGGCGGUAUGAUUUCUAAGGUGCCGAUUGUCUCUGGCAACAUCACCGGUCGAUUCAAUGGACAUCUCGUGCAGAACAUUUCCACUUCGAAUGAGGCUAUGGUGCCUCUGCCACUAACCGAAGGAGAAUUCAGUCAAAGCGAUGCAGACUUGAUCUUUGAGAACGACAAUGGUGAUCGGAUCUUUGCCAGCCUUCGAGGUUUGACAACUUACGCCAACAUGGCUCUUCAUGGAUUUGGUUCCGCCUUACUCAGAACGGAUGUUAAGGAAUUUUUCUGGGUUAACAAGGAAGUUUUCCUUGUCGAAUGGGAUGCUCACUUCAACACUGGUCUCGCUCAAUUCGAGUUUUCCACCAUUACUACCGGUGGUCGCAAAGACGGCCAGCCGAUCAAAGCUUUCGACCCCUCAAAGUGA